GACCCCGUUCCGGCUCAUCAUGCAAACGCAGUAGUAGCCUUCAUCAUCGGCCUUGCAAUUGUCGUUCUUGCAUCGGUGUUGAACGCUGCUGGAUUGAACUUGACCAAGUUGGACCAUGUGCGCACGAGCGUAAUACCUAAAAGUGCACGACGGAGAGACUGGUUACGGCCGCUAUGGCUCUUGGGCAUGCUCCUCUACAUACUUUCCCAGCUGAUAGGGUCCACGCUCGCUUUGGAGUACAUGCGUGCCGAAUAUGUCGCCCCUUUGGGUUCGACAUCCCUCAUAUUUAACUUUCUAUUUGCACGGUUCCUGGUGGGUACGCCAGUCACUUCAAAUGAUAUAUAUGGAACCAUAAUCGUCAUUGCUGGGGUCAUCGGCAUCGUCGCCUUUGGCUCCAUUAAUACUGGCCUCUCUUCAGAGACAGAUGCCUCUCACCUUGCCUACCUAUGGGCCCGUGCCGGAUGGAUCGGGUACUUUCUGGUCAUGUCGCUCGCGCUCUCGCUUCUCUUCGUAUUCACUACGCAGCUCGAUCUCGUCCUCGCGUCACGCAGCGAUCUGUCCGCGGAACCGUUUGCGGGAAUGACCACCCGUAUACCCAAGUCCACCUCUGGUGGCCCUCUUAGGCGAGUUAUGGGCUGGAUACGAUGGGUGAUGAUUGCGAUUGCAGAAAAGUUGGAGGCUUGGACGGCUGGCAAAGAUGACAAGGUUGUGGCUUGGACUUUGGGUAUUGGGUGGGCCUGCUGCGGUGGUGGGAUGGCCGGCGAGUGCUUGGUAUUUGCUAAGGCCACCGUCCAACUUAUAUCCGGUUCACUGUCCCAUGAGAAUCCUGGGAACCAGCUCGGCCAUGCCGCGCCCAUCUUCACGUUUAUAUUUCUUGCGACGACAGCGAUAUUGCAGAUAGUUUGCCUGAAUCGUGGUCUGAAGGUGUAUGACUCCACUCUCGUCGUUCCCGUUUUCUACGGAGUGUACACUGCGACUGGGUGCAUCUUCAACGACUCCGUCGAUGCCUAUGCCUCCUGGACGCUCUUCCUCAUCUUCGUCUCCAUCCUCAUCCUCAUUUCGGGCGUCGUCCUUCUCACAUACAAAAAGCCCGAAAAGGCCGUUGCACAGCGCGAUGCCGGGAUCUCCCUUUCCUCCGUACCCAGUCGCCCGAUACCCAAAAAACACGACGGCAAGUCAGUGGCAGACGACAUGGACUCGGAGCGCGCGGGCCUGAGCGGAGAGAACGGUGCGGCCGUGUGGGAUGUCGGAGACGUGAGCGACGAGGAGGACGAG